CAUGGCGGGGUGGGGGGAACAAAUUUGGGGUCGGUGGCGGGGGGUCGAAGCCCCCCGACCAUAGAGCUGCGCCAUCCGGCAGCCGGCGGGAGCCGAGGGCGGCCAUGCGGGAAGGCCCUUCCGCUCGCGGCCUCCCCGCUCCCCGCUCCCGCUCCAGCCCACCCAUCGCUCCCCCCCGGGCCCCCCCGGCCCCCCGGCCAGGCCGGCCGCAGCGGGUCCCCCCGUCUGAGCGUGCUGGGACAGCGGCGAUGGACACGGAGGGGGAGCCGUCCGCCCGGGACCCCCGGGACCCCCAGGAUGCCGAGCUGCCGGAGGGGACCUCCGCAGCCCACCCCAGCCCACCGGCCUCCGGCAGCGAGCCACCUGGCCGCCCGGCGAGGCCGCGACGGAAAGCGCCGGCACGUCGACCGGCCAAAACGCCGGGACACCCGGGGGGCCUGGGACCGCUGAAGGAGCUGCUGGGGCUGCGGGGGGGUCGCCUGCGCCCCACCAUCUGCAGCGAGUGCGGGAAGGGUUUCAGCCGCAGCUCGGACCUGGCACGUCACCAGAUCACCCACACCGGCGAGAAGCCCUACACCUGCGGCGCCUGCGGCAAAGGCUUCAGCCAAAACUCCAACCUGGUCACCCACCAACGUAUCCACACCGGCGAAAAGCCCUACGCCUGCGGCGCUUGCGGCAAACGGUUCAGUGAGAGCUCGGCCCUCAUCCAGCAUCAGCGGACCCACACCGGCGAGAAACCCUAUAGCUGCGGCGAGUGCGGGAAACGCUUCAGCGUCAGCUCCAACCUCAUCCGUCACCGCCGCACCCACACCGACGAGAAGCCCUACAUCUGUGGGGAGUGCGGGGACGGCUUUCGCCACAAGUCCCAGCUCCAUCGGCAUCAGAAGCUUCACGCCGGUCAGCGCCCCUUUAUCUGCAACGAGUGCGGGAAGAGCUUCAGCCACUGGUCGAAGCUGCUGCGGCACCAGCGGACUCACACCGGGGAACGGCCCAGCACCUGCGGGGAGUGCGGCAAGAGCUUCAGCCAAAACUCGCACCUGGUUCAGCACCGUCGGACGCACACCGGGGAGAAGCCGUAUCGCUGCGGGGACUGCGGCAAGAGCUUCAGCUGGAGCUCCAACCUCAUCCAACACCAGCGCAUCCACACCGGGGAGAAGCCCUACACCUGCGGGCAGUGCGGCAAGAGCUUCACCCAAAGCAAGAACCUCAUCAAGCACCAACGCACCCACUCGGGCGCCCGGCCCCACCGCUGCGGGCAGUGCGGCCGCGGCUUCGCCCAGAGCACCAACCUGCUGAAGCAUCAGCGGGUUCACGCUGCCCGCGGCCAACCCUCGCCCUGCCCGGAGUGCGGGCAGAGCUGCCGCGACGGGGCCGAGCUGGAGCGUCACCGGGCGCAGGCUCACGGCCACGAGCCCUACAUCUGCGUGGAGUGCGGCGAGAGCUUCGCCAAGAGUGCCACGCUCAACCGCCACAAGCGCGUCCACAAGCCCCUCUUCGUCCGCUGAGACCGGCUGGGGGGACACGAGGGGGGACGCACGGACUGCGCUGCGGGCAGGGGGACGAGGUGACGCCAAGCCACGCCGGACACUGUUAUGGUUCGUGUGGCCCCCAACGGACACAGGCUGGACCUCGGUGACCCCCCUUGUAGGGGAUGGACCCUAUAGAUGUAUAUACCGGGGUUGGGGGCGGGGGGGGACGGGAUGGACACACGUAGGGUAGAAGCCAUGGGGCACCACCAGGCAGACCCCGCGCCGGGGGAGCGGAGCACGGCUGGAUGGGGCCUUGGCCACGGAAUAAAGUUGUUCUGUUUGGGGGAA